UUAAGCAGAAUGAAGAUACUAAUGUUGCCAUGGUUAGCUCAUGGUCACAUGUCCCCUUUCUUAGAGCUAGCCAAGAGACUAGCAAAGAAAAACUUCCACAUCUACUUGUGUUCCACCUCUGUGAAUCUCAGCUCCAUCAAGAACCAAAUUACUGGAAAAUAUUCCGAUUCAAUCGAACCAGUUGAGUUACAACUUCCAUGCUUGCCUGACCUUCCUCCUCAUUACCACACCACCAAUGGCCUCCCACCCCAUCUCAUGGCCACCCUCAAAACAGCCUAUGAAAUGUCAGCUCCCAACUUUUCUAAUAUCAUCACCAUUCUGCAUCCUGACUUGGUUAUGUACGACUUCAAUCAGCCUUGGGCAGCAGAAAUUGCUUCUUCUCAAAAUAUCCCAGCUGUUCAAUUUCUCCCGUUUGGAGCAUCAAUGACUGCUUUCGGUCUAUACAUGAUCAAAUAUCCAGGAAAAGAACUCCCCUACCCAGAAAUUUAUAUCCGGGACUAUGAGAUGGUCAAGGUUCGGUCAAGGGACGCUCGAGUUAAUGAUGUUAGUGAUGGACAAAGAUUCCUACAAGGUCUGUACCUGUCGUGUAAGAUUUUGUUGGUUAAGUCAUUCAAAGAAAUUGAAGAAAGAUUCAUGGAUUUUCUUUCUGUUGCAUCUGGUAAAAAGGUGGUCCCCGUUGGCCCUCUUGUCCAAGACAUCAGUCUUGGUGACAUUCAAGAUGAGGAAAUGGAAAUCAUUAAUUGGCUUGACCAAAAGGAAAACGCUUCAGUGGUGUUUGUCUCUUUUGGCAGUGAGUAUUUCUUGACUGAGGACGAAAGAAGCGAAAUUGCUCGUGGUCUUGAGCUCAGCAAUGUUAACUUUAUAUGGGUUAUUAGGUUCCCUUUCGGAGGGAAAAUAACUGUGGAAAAAGCAUUACCCGAAGGGUUUCUUGAGAGAGUGGGAGAUAGAGGAAAAAUUGUGGAUGGAUGGGCUCCUCAGGCAAGAAUUUUGAAGCAUGCGAAUACUGGUGCUUUUUUGAGCCAUUGUGGAUGGAGUUCUAUGAUGGAGAGUAUGAAAUUUGGUGUUCCAAUGAUAGCUCUGCCUAUGCAUAUUGACCAACCUUUGAAUGCUAGAUUGAUUGAAGCAGUCGGAGUGGGAUUGGAACCCUUGCGAGACGAGAAGGGAAAUCUUCAAAGUGAGGAGAUUGCCAAAGUGAUCAGAAAGGUUUUGGUGGAGGAAAGUGGAAAAAAUGUGAGGAGGAAAGCUAAGGAAUUGAGUGAACAAAUGGGAAUGAGAGGUGACAAGGAAGAGAUUGAUAACCUUGUCGAGGAGGUAGUACAACUUUGCCAAAAGAAUAACGGGUGCUGUUAAAUCUUUUGAUUGUUCUUCCGGGUUAAGGAAGAUGAUUUGUUCGUUAAUUUGCUGGAUGUUAUUCUAAUUAGUCUCCAUUUUAUAAGUAAUUUGGUUGAUUGA